AACCCUUCACGGCUUUAGCAAUUGUGUCCGAACCCAAGGAAGAGGAACUCACACCUACCGUCUAGUUCACAUUAAUUACCGCAGAGAGCGACUGAGGACCACCGUAACUUCUGCGCCGGCACCGGCGGAAAGAAAGAAAAGGACGAACGAGAAAUGUCACUGGUCGAUUACGCUUCCUCGUCAGAUGACGACGACGUUCCUGAACCCACUGAACAAGAACGAAAGGAAAAAGAGGAACCCCAACUUCCCCAACGCAAUUCACCGCAACCUCUUCCUCGACACACUCUGACAAAAUCUGAUUCUUCAUCCAACCAGCCACCACUAGAAAAUAAACCACAGUCAUCUUCAGCUUCCCCUUCGGUGGAGAAACUUCCUGAUGCUUCACUUCUUUUUAGUUCACCUGCUCUCUCAUCUAAUCUGACGAAUGCUAGUGACCACUCCUCUCGAGUUGCUGCGGCCCUAGCUGAAAAUGCCUCACGUAAAAGAUACUCUAAUGGAAGGGACUCCUCUUCCAUUCGUAGUAAAGUUCCUAGAGCCAACCCGCCUCAUUCAAGGAGUGUACCAGAAACGGCUGGUCGUAUGCUGGUUCCACCUCAGAUCAGUGGAAGGAAAAACGUUGUUACUGAAGACAUAAGCAAGCUUUUUGUCCAAAAACACUAAGAACAUCCAUCUCCUUAGAAGAUUACAAAUUUGAAAAGAAUGAUGGGUGAGAAACUUACACCUCUAGAUGCAGCACUUCACUUGUUGAAAGUGCUUGCUUUUGUAGAAUUUGUACUAGAAUAACAAUCUUUGAAGUUUGUUGAUAUCCUCACAUUUCUACUACAGUUUAGUUGAUAAUAUUAUUUUGUUAACUUCCAGCUUAGCAAUGUAAAAGAAAAAGUGGUAGAAAUCCUUUUGAGGCGAUUUACUUUGCAGCGCCUUUUUGAGAUUUGCAGGCAUGAUUUAUGGUGUGUUUGGUACCUCAGAGCUCGAUUAAUGCGCGUGUUUAAGCUAUUCCUUGGAGUUUUCGGUCUAAUGCAUGAUCGAUGGCCUUCUAACGUGGAAGCAAACAUAUGUUUAGGCUUAAGGUUUUAAAGACACUUUGACAUGUAUGAAAAAAAUUUAUUAGAAGUCCACUUUUGUGAUCUCUACAUCUAGAUACUUUAGAGUAAUUCGUUGUUAAUUUUACAAAAAUGGUUUUGGUCUA